AACCUCGGACAUUCUUCUCAUCUCACCUCACGCACUUCAACGUACACUGCAAUCACCAUGUCCUCCUCCAAGACCCCCGUCCUGACUGAUAAGGCACCCAAGCCGCUGCCCGGCAUCUACAGCCAAGCCAUCAUCGCCAAUGGCAUGGUCUUCUGCUCUGGUGCCGUCCCAAUGGACCCGGCCACGAUGAAAAUCAUCGACGGCGAUGUGCAGGCUCACACGCACCAAUGCAUCAAGAACCUUACCGCAGUUCUCGAAGGAGCCGGGACAACCAUUGACAAGGUUGUGAAAGUGAACGUCUUCCUCUCAGACAUGGACGACUUUGCCGCCAUGAACGAAAUCUACUGCCAGUACUGGGGCGAUAUCAAGCCCUCCAGAACCUGCGUCGCGGUCAAGACUUUGCCCCUGAAUGUGGAUGUCGAGAUUGAGUGUAUAGCAGUCUUGUAACUAUCGUCAGGCGUGACUUGGUGUUAGAUUAUAGAAAAUUACAACGAUCACUUACUACGAGACCUUGAGCGAGAACCAUGAGGGGUCCAAAGCUGCUCAAGAACCCUUGGUGCUUCCAAACGAUAGGCCAGUCGAUGGGGACAACUAAGUAGUUCAAGGUCUUCGUCCUCGGCCCCUCUUGACUGAA